AGGCUGCUUGUCCCCGUGGGGAACACUUGGACCAAGACCCGAAAAGGGUCUGAGACAUUUAGAACUGACCAUCCUUCAGUGGAGCUGAGCUUGAAAUAAUAUAUGCAUAACCUUAUUUAAUUAACAUGGAAUGUUUAACGUGUCUUUUUUUGCUGAAAGCGGCCUUUGUCUCACAGGUAAUGGCUAUCUGUCCUAUGACUUGCGAGUGUCCCGCGGGCCACCCAGUGUGCCCUCCGGGGGUUAGCACCGUCCUCGAUGGAUGCGGGUGCUGUAAGGUGUGUGCUGCACAGCUCAACCAAGACUGCAGUCCCGUGAAGCCUUGUGACCGUCACAAAGGGUUGGAGUGCAAUUACGGCAACGACGUCACGGAGGCCUGGGGGGUGUGCCGAGCCAAAUCGGAAGGACGUACGUGCGACUACAGCGGCAGGAUCUACCAGAAUGGCGAGAACUUCCGCGUGGGUUGUAAGCACCAGUGUACCUGCAUGGAUGGCGCGGUGGGCUGCGCACCACUUUGCGAACACAAGCUGCCCCCGGCCUCGCCGUCGUGCCCCUUCCCACAGCUGAUCAGGAUACCCGGACAGUGCUGCUUCACUGUGGACUGCCACAAAAACACAUGGCACCUUCCAAACAAAGAUAAUCCAAAGAGACGGCAACGCAAACCGGAGCGCCGUCCCGCCCCUCGGCUAGAUAAAAACGAUCUGCCGGUGACCAAUGAGAUUGCGCCCGUUAAGGCGAGUGGCUGGGAGGCUGAACGGGGCUACAAACACCUGCCAGUGUGGGGCCACCAGGAGCAAUGCCCUGUCCUCACCACCGAUUGGUCCCAGUGUUCGAGUAGCUGCGGGACGGGCGUCUCCUCCCGCCUUACCAACAAGAACCCCGGGUGCAAGCUGGAAAGAGAGACCAGACUCUGUAUGGUGCGGCCGUGCAGCGCCAUACUACCUUUUCCAAGCAAGAGAGGCAAGAAGUGCUCCGCCAUGCGAAAAUCCCCAUCGCCGCUCCGCCUGUCCUUUGGCGAAUGCCUGAGCGUGCGCUUCUACCGGCCAAACUUCUGCGGCCAUUGUUCGGACGGACGCUGCUGCUCGCCGCGACGCACCCGCACCCUGCCAAUCGACCUGGUCUGCCCGGACGGCCAGCGCCUGCGGAGGUCUGCCAUGUUCAUCCAGUCGUGCAAAUGCAGCGAGGAGGCCUGCGGCCACCUGAACGACGUGGCCAUGCCGCCGCAGCGUUGGAUGCAUGGAGACACGCAUAACUUCUUAGACAAGCAGUGAUUUCUCAGAGGUUUGACUCGAACUGAGACGAUGAGCCGGGUUUUAUAUAGGAGGAAGCCCCUCCCUCUCCCCCCCCGGUUGUAAUGUGUGUGUCCCAGGGUGUCCUUGUUCAGACGUGGGUGCUAAAUUAGAGCCCUGAUGCAGCCCUGGACCUCCCUGCCUCACGAGGGAUAAGCUUGCUUAUUCCGACUUGGAUAUUUUGAGACCCUCCCGACUGCCCGCAAGAGGAAACGCUUUGUAAGGCACUUUGAAAACUGACUUCAAAUGUAAGCAGCAAUUAAAAAAAAAAAAAAAAAAGGACAUUGUGUUAAGUGGGGUUCACGCAGCAAUGUUUUCUGUGUGUACCUGUGCUUAUUCACAAUUUUGCUUUUUUGUGAUUUACAGAAAAACUCACUUUGAAAUUUGCUGAAGGGAGUUGACACAAAAUGACUCCUUUGCCUUCUCGUGAUCUCUCGAAGCAGUUUUGCUGGGUGUCACCGUCAACUACUUGCGGAUUGUCGUAGCACGGUUUGGUCCCGAGACCAGCGAAAAGUUGAGGUUCGCUGUACAGCGAUGACUUCCGAUGUGAGUGUCCCUCGUUCUGGCCGAUUGCAAGUUUCAAUCAAUAUUCAUAAACGGCCCUGGUGGCAGUAUGUGAAACUACACUGUUGCACAGGAAAAAUAUUCCACAAUAAUAUGGAUGGAAAUCCUCCUUCCUGCAUGACCUGUAGCAGCCAUACAAGAAAAGUAAUCAUUAAAGACAAAAUAAGAGAGCAAAAGAGACAGAUUCAAGUGUCGCUCUAUGAUGGAAGUAAAAAAAGUAAGCAGCAGUUUGAGAACUGAUAAACAAUUCCUCCAAAUAGAUGGUUUGAGUGCGAGCUUCAUGCUAACAUCUAUUUUGAGGUGAUUUAACCAUUUCAGAAAUGGAAUGAAAUGUUUAGCAAUGUUUGGACAGGCUAUGUGGCAGUACUUUAUUUACUCUUUAUCAUGUGUCAUUUAAUUAUUAGUGUCAGUAUUGGGAAAGUUCGUUUUCUACAUGAACUAGUUCAAAGUUCAGUACACACAUUUUAAAAUUAAGUUGUUCAAUUAAUACUUCAUAAUUGAGAUAUUAUAAAUUAAGUACAUUGUUUGAAAAAUGAAAAGUUCUGUUCUUCCCCCAUUCAAAAAAAUAAAACCUUGCUGUGAGCUGUUGCCCUCAGCAUAUUGUCAUGUU